CAGGAAGCCCCAGCCUGCCAGCACCUGUUCCAGGUUCCUGCUCCCAGCCCAGCAUGGCAUCCCCCCUGCCUGUCCAGACCUUGUCUUCCAUCCUGAUUCUGCUGGCUAUCCUCGCUCCAGGGGCUGCAGACUUCAACAUCUCAAGCCUGUCUGAUCUGCUGUCCCCAGCACUAACAGAAAGCCUGCUAGUUGCUUUGCCUCCCUGUCACCUCACAGGAGGCAAUGCUACACUGAUGGUCCGAAGAGCCAAUGACAGCACAGUGGUGAAGUCCAGCUUUGUGGUGCCUCCAUGCCGGGGGCGCAGGGAGCUGGUGAGUGUGGUGGACAGCGGGUCUGGCUUCACUGUCACUCGGCUCAGUGCAUACCAGGUGACAAACCUCGUCCCAGGAACCAAAUACUACCUUUCCUACCGAGUACAGAAGGGGACAUCCACUGAGUCCAGUAGAGAGACCCCAAUGUCCACCCUUCCUCGAAGGAGCAUGGAGUCUAUUGAGUUGGGAAUGGCCCGGACUGGGGGCAUGGUGGUCAUCACAGUGCUGCUGUCUGUUGCCAUGUUUCUGCUGAUUGUAGGCCUCAUCAUCACCCUGGCACUGGGCGUCCGCAAGUGA